GAUCAACUUAACCACCAAACACGCACUGAACCACAGUCUUGUUGACAAUCAAAUUAAGAAAGAAAUUAGGAAAGUUCAGCAUUUUAUGAGUUGGCAUUUGGCUUUUACCAAAUUCUGGGAAUUUUUUACCAAUUAAAGUUCUUCUAUUGUUUCAGCUCUUUAACUAAGUUUCAAAUCUCAAAAAUCUCAUCUUUACCUAUGUUCUAGUUUCUACCCACUACUCAUUCCCUUGGAAGUUUCAAUUCAGCGGAUCUUCUUGAUCAGUAAUGGCUGUAGGAGGUUCAAACAAGAGGGUUUCUGCUGCUUCCGCUAGAGCCCACACUCGCAAAUCCAAGUCUAAUUCAUCCUCUUUUGGCUUGUUUAAGAAACUUCUUCUAGUCGGUUUUGUUGGUCUCUUGGCAUGGGCUUAUCAAGCUACUCGUCCACCUCCUCCUAAAAUUUGUGGAACUCCAGAUGGUCCCCCUAUUACGGCCCCAAGAAUUAAACUAAGUGAUGGAAGACAUUUGGCGUACAAAGAGCAUGGUGUACCUAGAGAAGAAGCAAAAUCCAAAUUUGUUUAUAUCCAUGGCUUUGAUUCUUGUCGGAAUCAUGCAGUGGUUGCCAACCUUCUUUCCCCGGAAAUAGUAAAAACUAUGGGAAUAUAUAUUGUGGCAAUCGACCGACCUGGGUACGGUGAAAGUGACCCAAAUCCAAAUCAGACAUUGAAAAGCAUUGCAUUGGAUGUAGAAGAGCUUGCCGAUAAGUUGGGACUUGGAGAAAAGUUCUAUCUGAUUGGAUUUUCCAUGGGUGGGCAAGUAGCAUGGAGAUGCCUCAAGUAUAUUCCACACAGGUUGGCAGGAGUAACAUUAUUAGCUCCGGCUGUCAACUACUGGUGGCCUGGUUUACCUGCUAACCUUACUGCUGAAAUGUACAACAAACAACUUCAACGCGAUAAGUGGGCAUUGCGUGUUAUACAUCAUGCACCAUGGUUAACUUACUGGUGGAAUACACAAAAACUUUUCCCCGUUAUGAGCGUGAUUGAUCAACUUCCAGAAGUUUUCUCUCGCCAGGACAAAGAACUUAUUGCACAACACGCCGGAACAGAGGAUUCGACACCUACUCGACAACAAGGAGAAUUCAAUUCCCUCCACCAAGACUUGAUCUUGGCGUUUAGCAAAUGGGAAUUCGAUCCAACUGAGCUAACAAAUCCAUUUGCAAACAAUGAAGGGACUGUCCACGUUUGGCAAGGCGAUGAAGAUAUACUCGUGCCUGUCGAAUUGCAACGUCACAUAGUUGGAAAGCUUCCAUGGAUUCACUAUCAUGAAUUGCCUGGUUCUGGACACUUGUUUCCUUACCUUGACGGUAUGAGCGACACCAUCAUUAAGACGCAACUGUCUGUCGAGCAGUAGCACCUGUCACUCUGAUGCUCCACAGUUCUACAUACUCUGAUGUAAUGUGUGUAAUCUUAUUUGCUCUGUUGGUUUUAGUGUACCCAUUUUGAUAGUUAUACAGAUACUGAAUAGUGGUGAGGAUAAGGUAGUAGGCUACACACCAUGAACUGAAAUCAUGAACCAGCAUUUGAGUCUGAUUGAUUACCCUUUUUCUCCAUUUUGAAUUUGUUGUUGUUCUUGUGUAAUGUUAGGAUUGAAAAAGAUGGAUAUUGGAUUAUUUAUAGUAGUAGCUUGAUUUUGGGUUUCA